AUGACGACCGACUCAGAGAAGAAGACACGCGAGGAGAUUCAGGAUGAGCUCCACAUUGAGGUGGUCCCUGGUACCGAGGUGAUGGCCGACGUGUUGAAACACGAACUCAUCAAGAGCGAACAUUCAUCGGUAGUCCUUGUGCCACAGCCUUCACAGGAUCCUCAUGAUCCUCUGAACUGGAAGGCCUCGUGGAAGUGGUCGGUGUCGGGUGCCGUCUCCCUGAUGACCUUCACCCAGGGUUUCGCCCCGUUGUCUCUGGCCUCCAUGUUUCCAUACCUCAUCCGAGAUUACGAGAGUAACCUCGAAGACGUCAUUCAAUUCACAGGAGUGACCAUCCUGAUUCUUGGAUUCAGCAACUUCCUAUGGGCUCCCAUCAUGUCCUCUUUCGGGCGUCGUCCGGUCUUUAUUACUUCCCAGCUAGUUUGUCUAGCAUCACAUGUCCUUCGCGCAAGGGCCACGACAUACGGCUCUUUCAUGGGUGCAUGCGUACUCAACGGCAUCGGUGCCGGUCCAUCAGAGACUUUACAGCCGCAAGUCAUUGCCGACAUAUACUUCUUGCACGACCGUGGGAGAUGGAACACACUUUAUUGGGUCGUGUACAUGGGCUCAUUGAUGAUUGCACCUGUUAUCGCAGGCCCAAUGGCCGAUCACGUUGGCUGGCAAAACUUUUGGUGGCUCAAUGUUGCCAUGACUGCGGCAUCCAUUGUGUAUGCCUUCUUCGGCUUUCCUGAAACAAUGUGGACUCGAGCUCAGCCAGCGCAAGACGCUGUUACGAUUGAGGUCGCGGAGCAGACAGUGACGCCAGCUGAGCCCACGGUUAUGGACCCUUUCCUUGGUAAGGGAGCACCUUCAAAGCAACAGUGGAAACUUUUCCAGCCCAACUCUUCGCCACUCAAAACUAUCUGGUUUGAUCUUUGGACCCCAUGGAAGCUCUUUGGAUUUCCCAUCGUGCUGUUCUCAUCCUUUGUUGCGAGCUGGAGCUGCAGCAGCUUCCUCAUCCUCAACCUGACACAGUCGCAAGUAUUUGCUGCGCCUCCUUAUAAUAUGAGCUCGCAGUCUAUCGGCUUUCUCAACCUGGCUGUACUCGUCGUCAUUGUCGUCCUUGGUUAUACAAGCGCCGGGAUCCAGGUUGCGGCACUUCCAAGCAUUGCCAGCACCUAUGCCAUCGACUGUUACAAGCCUGUGACUGGUCCCCUGAUGGUGGCUAUCACCGUGAACAAGAACGUCUGGGGUUAUGGCAUGGGCAAGUUCAUCACCCCGUGGACGAUUAAGUCAGGAUUUAUUCCUGUGUUCAUGACGAACAUGGCGUUGACCGUUUUCUGGUGUGGGCUGGGGGUCGUCUUCUACUUUCAUGGCAAGACGUUCCGUAGGUGGACUCGCAACAGCAAGGUUCAUGAUCUUUAA